AUGGCAUCGCCCGUGACACUGCUCGUGACACCGGGUCACCGCCCAGCCAGGCUCGAUUAUCUUCGAGGAUGCAUCAAAUAUAUUCCGAGUGGAGAGGAAAGUUGUUCACCUGAAAAUAUCACCGGUUAUCUGGAGCCCUUCUUCGAAAACGCGAUUGAGAAGGGGGCAACGGCCUACAUAUUCGGGGAAUUCCGUCGAGGCCUCAAAAAGAUAAACCAGAUUCACAUGAAUCAAGACGGUCGGUCGAUCGGUCCAAAUCUUGGCAGCCAAGCCGAAUAUUGCGAAGAUAACCCAGUUACAGGAACAGGUGCAAGAGUCCGAAGAGUCACUGAUACCAAAUACCCACCUGUCGGUAUCACCGCCCUGCUCUAUCCAGAUUACAGUUACGAGGCCUUUUAUCCCCACGGCGAACCAGUGUGUCAUCUCACCAUUUGCAACAUAACAAAAGACGCAGUGGUGGAUCUCACAGGGUGGGAAAUAUCCCUCAGCGGGUCAACGGAAGUCCACACCAUCCAAGAUGUACAGUUUUCGCCAGUUGGGGGCCGAUCCAGCUUAAGAGUUUCACCUAAAUGGUUUCAGGUCCUGGGGGCACCAUAUAUCUGCGAAACCGGGAGAACAUAG